AACUCUAAUCACAUGUAACGUACAUGUAAACAAACUUUCAUCUUCCUGCUUGGUUGUGCAAUCACAACAGAGGUUUCUUACCAUGCCAGGAUGUAAUCUGAAUUUGAUACACAGAUACGAGUUCUUGUAUCAGACAUGACUUCCGAGUUUGUAGCGGGGACCGAAGCCGGCGCCAACGAGGAGGGCGAGAUACUAUACGAUGCGGGGGAACUGAAGCAUGUGUGUUGUCCACAGGAGGACGGGUUCGCCCAGGAAUCGGUCAACAGGACCGACAUCCUAGACUUCGGGGACGAGGGAUUCCUGCUUCACGGUCUGUUGAGCAAUCAGGAGUGUCGGCAUUAUAUUGACAAGGGAGAGGAAGUGGGUUUUGAACCUCUCAUCGGCGUGAAGGAAGAAUACAGAAGUUGUCACCGAAUUUCCUUCAGGAGUCAGGAGCUAGCGAAGCUUCUGUGGGCAAGACUGGAGCCCUUCCUGUCCAAUACUGUCAUUGACGGUGACCCCAAACAGAAGCAUAUACAAGGCAUUGACUACCUCCUCCAGGGGACAUGGCAACCAUUGGGACUCAAUCCGGUGUUCCGACUAUGUCGUUACCUGCCAGCGGGACACUUCAGCCCCCACUUUGACGGUCACUUCUCCAGCAGCACGGACGAGCGGUCACUCCAGACUCUGAUGCUCUACCUCAAUGGAGACUUGAGUGGGGGAAGCACCAACUUUGUGGAUGAGAAACAAGUUCUGUACAAGGAUGAGACUGGCAAGUUCUGCGCAGAGGAGAAGAACGUCUUGUAUCGCAUCCGGCCUGAGCCGGGCAUGGCCAUCGUCUUCAACCAUCACCGCCUACAUGAGGGGGAGAAACUGGGGGAUGGCCGGAAGUAUAUUCUAAGGACUGACAUAAUGUUCCGCAAUGUGAGUCCCCGUACUUGUUCCGAGGCGGACCAGAAGGCCUUGUUGAUGGUACAAGAUGCUGAACGCAAAGAGGCUUGUGGGGAGUGCAUGGAGGCAGCAGACCUGUACAGGAAGGCCUUCAAACUGUCGCCCUCUUUAGCCAAGGCUUAUGGAAACUGACAGUCACUACCAACAACUUGUACACUGGCCCAGCUUGAUAGACAUGCAGCAGGCACCACAAACUUUGCUAAAUGUCUUCAGUAUUUACUGGGACAUCCUGCCUAUGAUCCUGUGGAGGUUCCAGCUCUGAUGAAAAUGUGGUUGGAGAGGUCAGUCAGUCAUCGUUGAGGCCAUCAGCUCCUGGUUUGCCAAGUUCAUAUCGAUUAUAAUCGACAUACCUGCAAUAUUUCUGGAUGCAGAAUAAAACAACAUUCACUCGUACAUUCCUAUGCUCAUAGGAUUUCCUGAUGUAAGGAGCUGUCUGUGAUGUGACUGUAUACUACUCAAAAGAAGUUAAAGAGCAUGACAUUAACUAUAGUCACAUGAAAAUAUUCUUUUGAGUGGUAUAUUUGAAAUAUUUUGUUAAUAAAACUAUU